UUUUUUUUUUGUGGGUGUCUAGGGUUUAUUUUUUGUGUGUGUCUAGGGUUUAUUUUUUUCUUUGCUACAACCCUUAUUAUUCGAUUUUUUUCAUCAAUUUUUGGAGUAUUUGUAGGAUUCUUGUUAAUUAGCUGUAAUCAAUUUGCUUCAUGUUUUAUAAUUUUUCCUUCCACGAGAGCAUAGAUCGAAGAAAGGGUUCGUGAUCCUGCUGCAGCCCGUGGAAAGAGAUUAAGAGAGUCACGAGAUCAACUUGUAGAUCUGAGGGAUAAAUUGACAAAUCUUUUGAAGCAAGACUGGAAACAAUUUGGAGAUAUAAAGAAGGUUAUUUCAGCUUAUGUGUCUCUGCUGAAUAGCUAUCCUUGCAAGCGUGAUGAAAUCUGGAGCGAUGUAUCUUUGGAUUUGAACAUACUAAAGGAAUUGCGAGAUAAAUUGGAAUACAAAUAUGCCGAGGCCGAAAAAAAUCACUACAAAGAGCAGUACACAUUUCUCUACGCUGUCAAAAAAAGAGCUCUGAUGCUUAGUGAGCUUGACCUUGCCACAAAGAAUCGUCCCUGUACCUUCACUCCAGAUAUGUUUCGUUGUUCUCAGCAGAUACUGGAGGGUGUGGAUCUGAAACAUAUGCUGGAGUUUGCCGGCCACAAGGAAGAAGUAUUGUCGACGAGACGAGCUAAAAAGAUUAUGGAAGAGGUUCAGAUUCCGGAAUUAAGCGACCACAUAGAUGUUCGCAACCCAGAGCUCGUUAUGGAGCAGUUCAAGGGUUACGAGGAAAAAGUAAAAAACGCCUCAAGUGAGAUUGGUGACAAUUUAAAUGUUUACCUUGGCUCCCUGCCAGUAUUGAAAGCUGUUAAGCGUGUAUUGUUACGACUAGAGCGUAUAUGUUUAUUGAAGUCUGUAAAUUCUAAGCGUAUGUGUUUAUGGAAUCCUGAUGAUGACAUCAAGUUACUCGAGAAAAGCCAUGAUGCUGCUCAGAAAGCGAUGAAAGCAGGACAAAGUGGCAAAACAUCCAACAGAUUUAAGGAGCUUCUCAAUUUGGUCGCGUCAUGCAAUGUCAGACAAGCACCCAAAAUCAAGCUGUAGGUUCAGAGAUUUAUAGCGGCAAAAGAACUACCAUCUCGACGGCGAAGAUUCCAGCAUGUUUAUAGUUGACAGCAUAUAUCAAGUUCAGUGCUGCGAUAGUUUACCAGUCUUUAUUUGUAGCUUUAGACAGUGUCUAUCAGAUUCUCUCUUUUUACUUUGGAGCUAAAUGUUGUGUAGUUUAAAAUGAUGAUGAACUAAUAUCUUUGUUCCAGUUUUAUUUUAGUGUCAUGUUUUUUUGCAUUGCAAAA